AUGCUCACCUUGCUCACCCGGAUCACCUCCCCUCUACGGGAGUUGGAGCGGCGGGGGCUGGAGCGGCGCAGCGCGGGCUGGAGCGGCGGGAAGGGCAGCGGCGCGGACGCGGGCGGGAGCGGCGGGAAGGGCAGCGGCGCGGACGCGGGCGGGAGCGGCGGGAAGGGCAGCGGCGCGGACGCGGGCGGGAGCGGCGGGAAGGGCAGCGGCGCGGGCGCGGGCGGGAGCGGCGGGAAGGGCAGCGGCGCGGACGCGGGCGGGAGCGGCGGGAAGGGCAGCGGCGCGGACGCGGGCGGGCGCGGCGGGAAGGGCAGCGGCGCGGACGCGGGCGGGAGCGGCGGGAAGGGCAGCGGCGCGGACGCGGGCGGGAGCGGCGGGAAGGGCAGCGGCGCGGACGCGGGCGGGAGCGGCGGGAAGGGCAGCGGCGCGGGCGCGGGCGGGAGCGGCGGGAAGGGCAGCGGCGCGGACGCGGGCGGGAGCGGCGGGAAGGGCAGCGGCGCGGACGCGGGCGGGCGCGGCGGGAAGGGCAGCGGCGCGGACGCGGGCGGGAGCGGCGGGAAG